AUGAGCUCUUUGUUGAAGAGCCCAGUGCAAGAGGCGGUCCAGGGCGCAGUCAAAGAAGCCGUGCAAGACCCGACCACUACAGUGAUUGAUUUUAGCAAGGCAGUGGAGCAACUGCUCGCGGGUCUUGCCAGUCAGCCACAACAAGUCCUCCAUGUUUCAGUGACCAUACCAGAGCCAUCGAGGAGAAAUCAUGUAUCUCUUUCAAGAGACUUGACGCUCUGGAGCUCCUUCUGCAACCAGCGUGGGGCCAAGGUCUUGGACUCCACCGAAUUCAAUGCAUACCUUGCCAUCCUGAACGAGAAAGAUAUUGCCGAAGACAACAGUGACGCCUAUCGAGUCUAUCUCAAGUCGGAGAAGCUCAUUCACCAUGACUACGCGCGCAGCCUCUUUGAUCGCGGGGUGAGGGCCAGCAUUGAUAUACAAGAAGACCCCCGAUCUGCCCGUGGCUUCGAAGCCAAAGGCUGCCGAGCUGUCGAGCAAUCCCGAGCGCUUGCCCUCGAAGAUGUCAUUGCUAGCAUCCCAGGGUACCAGAAUAUCAAGCAGAAAUUCGCGGACAUUCUCCGCACCGGCAGGCAAGAGAUUUUCAAGCGCACCAAGACCAACGUGAUUACCGAAGAACACCGUAAAUACCUGAACGAGCUAUCUGAGGCCAUCGCCGAGGGGUCCCGCUGGAGGCGGGAGAAUGCCACAACCUUCCAUUUUGCUAGCACCAAAGCAGGGAAUAAAUCUGAGUACGUGCAGGAGGGGGACGAGGUCUACAUUCUGCUGACCGACAAGGAAGGUAACAAUAUCCGGGAGGCGGCGUGGCUGCACAGUCCAGAGGGUUGCAUCGGUACACAUACCGACUCCUACCAAGAGACUGAGUAUUACUGGUUCAAGUUCAGCUACUUGAAAUAA